AUGGAUGACAGCUAUCGUAAAGAGUUUAACAGGAGCAGAGAUCAUUUUGGAGGUGAACAUCUGAAAAAGGGAAAUUCUUCCGGUUCUGAUUCAUCAAAAGAUAUCAAGAAAGCUGUUGAAGAGUGUCUGUCAUCUUCAAGUACUCUUGAGGUCAGCAGAGAAAAUAUUGAGCAUCUUACGGAGGCAAUGUGUAGACCGCCCAACAUAAAGUACCUUUAUCUGGAAGGGAAUGUUAUAUCAAUGAUUCCCAAGGAUUUUUUUCACAAGCUGCCAUGUCUUGUUUGACUGGAUCUCCGGUAUAACGAGAUUAAAGCUCUUCCUCCUGGAAUCGGUUAAGAUCAUUGGCAAUUGAAAACUCUGCUUUUGGAGGGGAAUCCUAUAAAAGAGCUACCCGUAGAGCUUGGAAACUUAACUUCAUUGAGAGCCUUGAAUCUGAGACACUGUCCCCUUGAAUUUCCACCAAAAGAUGUCAUAAAAAGAGGAUUAAAAUCCAUCCUGUGCUUUCUUUAGGAUUCUGAGAAUGGGAAACGACUCUGGACAGGGCCAGCUGCUUCAGAAAUGCCACCUGUUGAAAAGCUCAAUUUAAGCAAACUGUUGCAGUCCAGCUUGCAUUUGUCAGAGGAGUGGCCUAAUGAAAAAGAAAAGCUGAGAUUUCAGAAGCAGAAAGAAAGUAUUAUAGAAGAUGAAAAAGAAUAAUUUCUUGCUGAUGAACUCCAUGAUAUUACUGAAGCAGGGAAAAACCCCAGGAAGAACAAAUGGCUCUACUUGGGGUCAGCUAAUCUGUGCAGGACAAUUUGGGCAAAGUGAACUGAAAAUUAUAUAUCAGUAGCAGAAAAGGCACUGAAAGAAGAGCAAGCUUUAUUUGAACAAAAGAAAAACAAUAAAGAAAUGCUUGAGGAACAGCACAGCCAAGUGAAGUUGAUGGAAGGGAAAAAAACAUCUACACUUCCACCUUUAAAAUCAGGUAUGAUACCAAAAAAUGCACUGUAUGCUAUGGAUAAAAUGAGUUACCAAGCCAUGAAAAAGGGAACUGAGAAAUAGGACCAUACGCCUGGGGAAAUGGAAGAAAAGUUGCUGAAAGUUAAAGCAACAAGGUCCCUCAAAGAAAAAAACCUUGAACAGUGCCUCAAUCAGCACACGCAAAUGAUAAAAGCAAGGGGAGAAAAAUUAGAAGGAACACACAAAGUGGAAAUGAAGAAAUUAAAACAAGGCAUUGAGAUAACUGAAGAUCUACAGACCAAGCUAAGAAAAACUAAAGGACUCCCUCUCCAGGAGUAUCAUCUCAUGGCCUUUGCAAGGCCUGAUUUUCCAAGAAAGCAAACUUCAGUGAUCUUUUCCAGCAGUAAAUUCUGAUUACCUGGAGUUGUUAAAGUGUGAAAUGGUUAAUUCAUAAGAAUGGGAAUUGCAGAAGCCUCCUCACUUUGCCAAACACAGUUAGGAAGACUAUGUGAAACCUACAAUAAUAAUCAAUCUGCUUUAACUGACUGUAAAAUUUCUCUUUUACAAGAUUUGUGGUACACUGUUGCAAAGUGUGUUCCUCAGCUUCUCUGCAUGUUUUUCUCAUGCACGCUUCUAUAGACUUGUGAAAAAUCUAUGAAAAUAAAACGCAGAAUUUAUCCCUAAGGUAGGAGCAACCAUUUAUGAUUUUACUAAUCAGAGGAACUCUGUACUACCGGCCAACUAAUUUAAUCUCUGCCUUUGCACUAGUCAUGUCACACCACUCUAGGUUUUCAUCAUAAAUGCUGUUUUCAAUGUUAAACUGUAGCAUUCAAUUUAAAGCUACUCUUCAAAUGUGGAAUAACCUUAUUGUAGAAAGAUUUUAUAUUAAUGAAGGCCACAAUGCCCUUGAAGGACCAUGAACAGUGUCCACCUCACUGUCUCUGCCACCCAGAAUUACCCAUCUUUGUGCUACCUCAUCUCAUAUUAACGAGGCUCACUCGCCAGUUCUGCCCACACAGGUAAAGAGCUCAGAGCAAUUCCUUUGGGUUUGGUGCACUUUUUCGGAGUGGAUGCUAUUGCGGGUGAUGUUAAUUUGAUCCACUUUUGACAAAGUUUCCUUUGAAUGUCCAUAAUACAUGUGUUUAUGCAGCCUGUCCGCUGUUUCCAUACUGAUUAUUGUGUACUGAUUUAUUCUGUAUAUUCCAAAGUGGUCUACAUCUGGCCCAAGUCACACUCGGAGUCCCUGGAUUUAAUGAGUGCGUGUGACAGAAGAAACUGCCUUUAAUGAUUUCUGAGCAGUUUUGGAGGUAGACUGUAUAUAAAAGUGUAUCACCACGUUUUGGAUGAUGCUUCAAAAGAUCCUUUUCUAUCUGAAAAUUAGUACAGCUUUCCCCGUCCUUGAUGGCAUCGGAACUUUCUUCCCUGCUUGCAUGUUGCUCUCAACAUAUUUUCAAGGUUUUACAGUAAGUCAAGGCUGCCUCAGGACUACAGUUUGUCCUGUCCUCUAGAUACUCUGAUUGCAGCACUUAAAAGUUUCCAUAAUAAAUAAUACCAAAUACCAGUUAGGUUGAGGGUUUUUAUUUUUCUUUUGCUGCUUAGAUAACCAAGAAAAUAACACACAGUAUUAUUCAUGCGAGUAAACAUUUAUUAGUCCUUUCUGGCAAGUCUCUACUAGAAACCUACAUUCAACUGAAACAGUUGACAGCUUGGUCUCAGCCUUUUGUGUACAAUGACGAUUCGAGUUUAGUCAACAGUAGAGACACUUUAUUAAACAAGCAUACUUAGUCUGCUCAGGAAUUCAGAUUAAAAUGUUAUCUUUCCAUAAAAGAUCAGUAAACGUACACAUUACUUGUAAAUGAUGGUUAUAACAGUCAGUGGAUGUGACUUGUUGAAGUAUAAAAUUUCAAUGAAACCUGGAAAAGUGUGACAGUUCUCUGACAACAGCAGCAAAGGCAGAGCCGAACAGCCGUGGGUUCAUGUGCACACAGAGCGAGGGUGAGAAUUUAAAUCAUUUCUUCCUGAUUUUAGCUCAUACUGUCUGUAGAUAGCCAUAAAAACAUUAAUUUCUGUACAGUAAUCCUUUUUGGCUUAUGACACUAAGGAAACCCUAAAGGAAAUACUAGUAGUUACAGAACCACAUUGUUUAAAUAAUUAAGUUAAAAAAAGGAUUUUGUCUCCUUUUUUCCCCUAAAAGUCACAUAUAAGAGGGUUUUGGUUUUGUUUUUGUUAUUGUUUUUAACAUGGUUUUGACCUUCAUGUCUCUUAAGUCCUAAGCAGAAAUCAUCUGUUGAGGCUGAAUUGGUUGAUCCCACAGGAUCUGCUGCAUUUCUAGGCUUGAGGCCAUUCCUAAAGCAUAUUUCUUGCUUGCUAUGUGAUGUGUCACUGAAUAGACUUUCAAGUAUAUCAGAAAUAUUUGUCUUGCAUGUCUGAAUCAACAACUGAUUAAUGAAAGACAUUGACUGAACAGAGUAUUUUAAUCAGUUUUGCACAACUAUAUACGAGAUGACUGAUUUCUGUGCUGAUUUUAUUGGUACUUGCUCAUAGAAAAUUGGGAACAGACACUUCUACUCCAGCAGGAGGGCUGAAAUUAAUCCAUACUCAUUCGUUCUAUUUUCAGGAAUGCUAGACCUUUGAGGGGAGCCAAAAAAAAAAGGAGGAUCACCAAAUCCCUAAAUUAAUUGUUUAUCCUUUUGUUUUAGCAUGCUUCACAGGCAGAGCACAGCAGGUCUGGCAGUGUCAGUGCCCAUCAUGGUAGAGUGAAACCCCUUUGGCUCUUGAUUCAGUUCCACAAAUAAUGCUGAUUUGUGCAGUAAGUCUUUAAUAAGCCUGAUUACUCUUACAUCUGUAAAUGAAUGUCCCUUUGAGACUGGAGGUGAAUCGGCUGCUUCUGGGCUGUGAGAUCUCCCCAACCAGUUCCAGCUCUGAGGUAUCACUGUCACUUUUAUAUUGUUUUCAGGUGCUACGGGAGGGUUUAACAGUUAAAAUCUCAGGGUGUCUGGGCAGAAGAAAAGGCUUAAAGCCUUAAAAUUUCCAAGUCAAGCCUUCUCACGAGCAAUCCCGCUCUCUUGUGUGGAUACUACCUUCGGUGCCACGGUGCCUGUAGGCAGCUGCUGGGGCUGGGAUCAUGGUGUGGUGGGUACAACAGGGCAGCGGGACAACCCAGCUGCACCCACUCCAUCAGAGCCCCAUGAUGAGUGGGCAGAGACCUGGCUGUUUGAUCCAGGCUGCCAUGCGCAUCCCCCACGCUGAAAGGCAUCCCAGAAUCCCGCUGCCCAUGCUUGUGGCUGUGCCAGCUCAGGUUCUGCCAGCUCAGGCUCUGUGCCACCUGUAAGGAGCUCAGUGCUUUCCAAACACUACAAGGGCCUGGGAGUGGCGUGGCAGGGCUGGCUCAGUACCACACCCAGACCUGCAUCCCUGGUUCAUCUGCAAGCCAGACAAACACAGCCUGGACAGCA